AUGCAACUGUCAGUGAUUGGCGAUCUCCAGGCAAUUCAUAGGCUCUCAGAACAUAUGAGGAAAUUCUAUAAUCAUGGCAUGGCUAGACGUCAUGCACUAAGCCAGAAGCAUGCAUCUUCAAAAGCAGCCAGGGAUAGGUUUCUGUUAUUGUCCCAGAGGCUCUCUCGUGACCAGAAUUUUUCCAAACCUGGUUUUGAAUCUGAAUUUUCUCAUUUCGGGAGUUGUGAGUUACUGUGGAUGUUUCGAUUGGCUAUGAACUUUAGUCAAUUAGGUUACAAACAUAUCAUGGAAAAUUGCUGGGACAAUGCAAGAACUCUGAGGAAAGGAGUUGAUAGAACAGGGAGGUUUAACAUCACCUCCAAGGAUAUAGGGGUGCCACUUGUGGCCUUCUCCUUGAAUGACAGUAGCCAACACACAGUGUUUGAGAUAGCAGACCAGCUGAGAAAUUUUGGCUCGAUUGUUCCUGCCUACACAAUGCCACCAGAUGCACAGCACAUCACGGUCCUCAGGGUGGUGGUAAGGGAGGAUUUCAACCAUGGCUUGGCUGAGAGACUUGCUGCAGACAUAGACAAGGUUGUGAAGCUCUUAGACACACUCCCUAGCCUCACAACCAAAGCCGCUCGUGUCACAGCCAUCACCAGUGAGACUGAUGAGAAGAAGAUCAAGAAGAUUGCAGUAGAGACUCAAAGAGACAUUGCUGUGUACUGGAAGCGACUUGUGAAGGGGAAGAGACAUGGAGCAUGCUAG